AAUAAUAUUAAUUCAUGCUCCAAGAUCGAUUUCAAAUACUAAAAAUCCUCCUUAUUCAACAAUGGGUAGUACACAACGAGUCCUGUCCGUAUUUCGUCCGCAGAAGGUGUCCCGACCCCUGGGAAACGCCAGGGGCCCAAACCUUAAAACCCCCAAAUAUUUGCUCUAUUCGGCAGCCGCAAUGGUGAGCGAGUGACGACACCCUCCACCGCUCCCCACGACCUCCACAGCCCGCCGCUGUGUCUCUCCCCCUAAGAAAGGAAAACUGAAAACCGCUCUCAAGUUUCAAUCACCGUACCUCGAAAUUUCCAACCAUGGAGAUUGCCUCCUUACGACUGAAGGAACGAGAAGAGAAAUCCUCGAAAUUUCUACUCGCAGAGCUCCACCGACGCUGCUCCCUGUGAUCCCUGGUAAUCCCCCAAUGGAGGCUUUCUUUGACGCCUGGAUAGCCGGCCUCGAGGAGCUCCAGAACGAGCUCCUCUCCGCCCCACGCGACCGCCCCGACGUCCUCCGCCCCCUCGUCGCCCGUGCCCUCGCCCACCACCAGGACUACUACCACCAGAAGGCCCGCCUCGCCGCCCGCGACGUCCUCCGCGUCUUCUCCCCCCGCUGGCUCACCCCUUUCGAGCGCUCCUUCCUCUGGAUCGCCGGAUGGAAGCCCUCCAUCGCCUUCCGCCUCCUCCGCUCCCUUGACGACGACGACGACGACGGAGACGCCGCGCACUCGCCGGAGCAGCGGCGGGCGGUGGCGGUGCUGCAGAGGGAGACGGCGUCGGCGGAGCGGGCGCUGUCGGAGGACAUGGCCCGGGCGCAGGAGGCGAUGGCGCUCCCGCAGGUGCUGGCGGCAGCGCGAGGGGUGCGGAACGGGGAGGCCCGGGCGGAGGCGGCAGAGAUGGUGGUGCGCUCCCUCGAGCUCCUCCUCGCCUCCGCCGACGCCCUCCGCGCCCGCACCGUCACCCGCCUCGUCGAUAUCCUCACCCCCGCCCAGACGGUAGACUUCCUCCUCGCCGCCGCCCAGCUCCGCCUCCGCGUCCACCGCUGGGGGAUGCGGAGGGACGGCCGAAGCAGCGAUUAAGAACACUUCGCGUCUUUUAAACUACUCGUAGCCGUUGGUGUUACAAUAAGCCGUGGCUCGUCAGAAACUUAUUAAAGGGGGUACGUUCGUUAUGCCAUCGGUCAGUACGAACCUCGAGGGCUCAUAUUAUUUGAAUACGUCAAUGCGUUUGGGCUCGGUCUGGUGUUCGUUGUGUUUGUGUCUGUCCCAAGGAAUAAGCCUUUAAACCCCACGGAAAUUCAAGUGGCUAUAUCCGGAGUGGCCAUGCAAGCAAAAGUAACUUGUGGGUUGUACUGUUGCUUUAAUAUAAUACUAUACAUAUAUAGUGUCUACUUUUUGAGAA